GGGGCUGGUGGCAGCGGCGGAUGGACUCGAGGGUAUCGGAGCUGUUUGGCGGCUGCUGCCGGCCUGGAGGAGGCCCGGCCAUGGGCGGAAACCUCAAAGCUCGGGGGGCCGGUGGUAGCAGCAGUUGCGGGGGCCCAAAGGGGAAGAAGAAGAACGGAAGGAACAGAGGAGGUAAAGCCAACAACCCUCCGUACCUGCCCCCAGAGGCUGAAGAUGGAAACAUCGAAUAUAAACUGAAGCUGGUGAAUCCAUCCCAGUACCGCUUUGAGCACCUGGUGACACAAAUGAAGUGGCGUCUCCAGGAGGGACGCGGUGAGGCUGUCUACCAGAUUGGGGUAGAGGACAAUGGGCUGCUGGUGGGGCUGGCUGAGGAGGAGAUGCGGGCUUCCCUCAAGACCCUGCACCGGAUGGCAGAGAAGGUUGGGGCUGACAUCACUGUUCUUCGGGAGCGAGAAGUAGAUUACGAUAGUGACACGCCCCGGAAGAUCACUGAGGUGCUGGUACGAAAGGUACCUGACAACCAGCAGUUCCUAGACCUCCGUGUGGCCGUCCUAGGCAAUGUGGACUCAGGGAAGUCAACCUUGCUGGGAGUCCUGACCCAAGGAGAGCUGGACAACGGGCGGGGCCGGGCCCGGCUCAACCUUUUCCGCCACCUGCAUGAGAUUCAGUCUGGCCGAACCUCCAGCAUCAGCUUUGAAAUCCUGGGCUUUAACAGCAAGGGAGAGGUGGUGAAUUACAGCGACUCACGGACUGCAGAGGAGAUCUGCGAAAGCAGCUCCAAGAUGAUCACCUUUAUCGACCUGGCGGGCCACCAUAAAUACCUGCACACCACCAUCUUCGGCCUCACCUCCUACUGCCCCGACUGCGCCCUGCUCCUCGUCAGUGCCAACACUGGAAUCGCCGGCACCACACGGGAACAUCUGGGGCUGGCCUUGGCCCUGAAAGUGCCCUUCUUCAUCGUGGUCAGUAAAGUGGACCUGUGUGCUAAGACCACAGUGGAGAGGACAGUACGCCAGCUGGAGCGGGUCCUCAAGCAGCCUGGCUGCCACAAGGUCCCCAUGCUGGUCACCUCUGAGGACGAUGCUGUCACUGCUGCUCAGCAGUUUGCCCAGUCACCCAACAUCACCCCUAUAUUCACACUGUCCAGUGUGUCUGGAGAGAGUCUGGACCUUCUCAAAGUCUUCCUGAAUAUCCUGCCGCCACUCACCAACAGCAAAGAGCAGGAGGAGCUCAUGCAGCAGUUGACAGAAUUCCAGGUGGAUGAAAUCUACACAGUCCCAGAGGUGGGGACUGUGGUCGGAGGAACACUGUCCAGUGGCAUCUGCCGUGAGGGGGAUCAGCUGGUGGUAGGCCCGACAGACGAUGGGUGCUUCUUGGAGCUCAAAGUGUGCAGCAUCCAGCGCAACCGCUCUGCCUGCCGUGUGCUGCGAGCUGGUCAGGCGGCUACACUAGCCCUCGGAGACUUUGACCGCGCACUGCUUCGCAAGGGCAUGGUGAUGGUGAGCCCAGAGAUGAAUCCCACCAUCUGCUCAGUGUUCGAGGCAGAAAUAGUCCUACUGUUCCAUGCCACCACCUUCCGGCGGGGAUUCCAGGUGACAGUACAUGUGGGCAACGUACGUCAAACAGCAGUGGUGGAAAAGAUCCAUGCAAAGGACAAGCUGCGCACAGGGGAGAAGGCAGUGGUACGUUUCCAUUUCCUGAAACAUCCAGAGUACCUGAAGGUGGGCGCCAAACUGCUGUUCCGGGAGGGUGUCACCAAGGGCAUCGGUCAUGUCACGGAUGUGCAAGCCAUCACAGCAGGAGAAGCCCAGGCCAGCAUGGGCUUCUGAGUCUUCAACACAGCUCUACCGCUGUCCCUACAAUACAUGAGGUGACUUCCGGCCAUGCUGCCCGCUGUUGGCGGCUCUGUGUGUUAAUAGGCUAGGGAAAGGAGUGUCUGCUGCCACUUGCUUCCUGAUGCCUUUCUGGAGAGGUAGCAAGCUUGUUGUGGCCAGGGAGGGCAGGCCUGAGGGAG